GUCGAAACAAACCAGUCAACCAAUCAGCGUGUCCGUUUCAAGAGGUAUCGGCUAGCAUUUCGACAAUAACACGAUCUUUUUUUCCAAAAUACUGUUAAAAAAUAUAAAAUACUAGAGAAAAUGUCUUUAUCCCGUAGAGAAUGGGAUGAUAUGAAAUCCCAGUUGGAGGGGACUGUCAACAAAUUUCUGGGAUUUUCAGAGCCAAGUCUUGUUACUGCAGCAUUGAAUUGUAUAGACAAAGGAUAUGAAAGAGACAAAGCAAUUCGGAAGUUAUCAGAAAUUCUGGACGACUCCCAAUCAGAAAAAUUUGCAGAUAAACUGUUCAGAGUUUGGGACGAAUUCAAAGCUAGUAGUAGAAAAAGACAAAAGAGAAAGGAAUAUGAAAGUGCUGCAUCCACAGAAGAAACAAAGAAAAAAAGAAAGUUUGUAGAUGAUACACCAGAGGCAGUUAUAAACCCAAGUCCUGGUCAGCUGACCACAGAUCAGAUAAAGAAGAUGAUGACCAAUGCCACAAAAAUGAUAGAAGAAAGAAAAGCCCAGUUAGCUGUUACCAUGCCAAUUAAACAACCAUUGCCCCAGUUGUCCCGUGAUGAAAUGUUGAUGAAUGAAGCCAUGGAAAAAGUUAGGAAAACACAGGAACUACAGUCGAGGAUUCAGAAACAGAUAUCUGGCCUAGGAACAGCAGUUCCUGGAAUAAAAAGUGUGCCUGGUGGUUUAGCAAAUCCCCCACCACUGAUUUUAGACAGAGAAGGACGAACCAUUGACUCAGCCACAGGAGAAGUUAUACAGCUUACACAACACACGCCAACACUAAGGGCAAACAUCAGGGCAAAGAAAAUCAAAGAUUUUAAGGGAAUUCUUGAGAAACCUCCGGAGGAAAUAACUGAGGGCAACUUCUUUGAUCCUAGAGUUGAUGUGAAAGCUGCACAGAGACCCAAAAGAGGAUUUAAAUUUCACGAGAAAGGAAAGUUUGAGCAAGUGGCACAAAGAUUAAGGACAAAAGCACAGCUAGAAAGAUUGCAGAAUGAAAUUGCUUAUACUGCAAAGAGGACUGGUAUUGCAUCAGCAGCAAAAUUAGCAACAAUAGCUCCAAAGAAAGAAUUAAGUGAAGGAGAAAUACCAGACAUAGAAUGGUGGGAUACAUAUAUUUUACCCUCACACACGUACAAUGAUUUAGAGAAUCUUGUGGAGUCAUUAACUGGUAUAACAAACCUUGUAGAACAUCCAAUACAGAUGAAACCUCCAGCUGAGCCUGACAAGGAGCCAGAAAUUCCAGUCUACCUCACAAAGAAGGAGAGAAAGAAAUUACGUCGACAAAACAGACAGGAAGCUCAAAAAGAGGAACAAGAAAAAAUACGACUUGGUUUAUUGCCUCCACCAGAGCCAAAAGUACGGAUGGCUAACUUGAUGAGGGUGUUAGGAACUGAAGCAGUACAGGACCCUACAAAGAUAGAGGCUCAUGUGAGAGCUCAGAUGGAGAAAAGACAGAAAGCUCACGAAGAGGCUAAUGCAGCCAGAAAAUUGACACCAGAGCAGCGACGAGAAAAGAAAAUGAGAAAAAUAAAAGAAGAUACCACACUUGGUGUUCAUGUUUCUGUAUAUAGAUUAAAAGAUUUGAAAAAUCCAGCAAAGAAAUUUAAAGUAGAAGCAAAUGCAAAUCAGCUGUUUAUGACAGGAAUUGCUGUGUGUCAUAAAGAUUGUAAUGUUGUAGUGGUAGAAGGAGGUCCUAAACAGCAAAGAAAAUUCCGUCGACUAAUGAUGCACAGGAUUAAAUGGAAUGAAGACACACAGAAAAGAUCAAAAGACGAUGAAGACAGUGACUCAGAAGAAGAAACAGACAAAAGUAACAAAUGUUCCUUAGUCUGGGAGGGUACCACAAAGAACCGAGCAUUCGUAGAAAUUAAAUUCAAAGUGUGUCCAACAGAAGCUUUCGCUAGAGAACAAUUUAAAAGAUUUGGUGUUGAACAUUACUGGGACUUAGCUUAUAGUGGUGCUAUCAUGGAAACCACAGGAGAUGACCUUUGAUUCAGAUUAAAUUUGUUUUUCAUAA